CCGGCGGCGGCGCUUGUGACCACACCCCAAAGGGGGGAAGUCUUCGAGACGAGCGGGGGUGGAGAGAUGGUGACAGGUGCCGUGAGAGCGGCUCUUGGCACCGAAAGAGGAGGGACGCCGGCUCCGGGGAGCAGCUGCGGGGAGGCCGGCAGCGAUAGCGGCAGUAGCGACAGCGGGCGCCCGCGGUAACCCUCUCCCGCCCUACCCUAGCCAGCCCCUGAGGCGCUCGCAAUGGAUUCUCCUCAGGUGUCGGCGCUGGCGCAUAUCUUCAAAGGGACCUUUGUGCACUCCAGCAGCUCGUCGCCGAUGGACAUUCUGCAAGGCCACCUGUUGGGGGUUGAGGAAAGCGGGAAGAUUGUUUUUUUGGAACCAGUUGAAGAACAGGAAAAAUUGGCAAAGAAGUGGGGGUUCAAAGCAUCUGAAAUACGGGAGCUCAGUAACAAUGAAUUCUUCAUGCCUGGUUUGGUUGACACACACAUCCAUGCUCCGCAGUACUCUUUUUCAGGGACACGAGUAGAUCUGCCUCUUUUGCAGUGGUUGAAGGCAUACACUUACCCAACAGAAACCAAAUACAAAGACAGUGAUUUUGCGGAAGAGGUGUACACUAGAGCUGUGAGACGAACUCUCAAGAAUGGCACAACUACAGCCUGCUAUUUUGCAACAAUUCACACAGAUGCCUCUUUGCUUCUUGCUGAUAUUAUAGAUAAAUUUGGACAAAGGGCAUUUGUGGGUAAAGUUUGCAUGGAUAUUAAUGAGAGUUGUCCAGAUUAUAAAGAAACCACCUCAGAAUCUAUCAAGGAAACCGAAAGGUUUGUUAGAGGAGUCCUGGAGAAGAAAUAUGCAAGGGUGCACCCCAUAGUAACACCCCGCUUUGGACCAUCAUGUACAGAGGAAAUGCUUGGUAGACUGGGUGACUUGGCAACAGCUCAUGACAUUCAUGUGCAGAGUCACAUAAGUGAGACAGAGGAAGAAAUCAAGCUUGUAGAAAAAAUAUUUCCUACCUAUCAAAAUUAUACACAGUUAUAUGAUAAAAAUAAACUUCUUACAAACAAGACGAUAUUGGCUCAUGGCUGCUAUCUUUCGGAUGAAGAGCUGAAACUUUUUAAUCUUAGAGGAGCCGCCAUUGCACAUUGCCCCAAUUCAAACACAGCAUUGUGUAGUGGCUUUUUGAAUGUAAACAGAGUUCUGAAGUACAAUGUGAAGCUUGGCCUUGGCACAGAUGUUGCUGGCGGCUAUUCAGCUUCCAUGUUUGAUGCUAUCAGAAAGGCACUUAUUGUAUCAAAUACCUUGAAAAUUAAUAAAGAGAAUGAAGAAGGCUUAACUCUGAAGGAAGUUUUUCGACUAGCAACUCUUGGGGGAAGCCAAGCCCUAGGUCUAGAUGCAAUCAUUGGAAACUUCGAGGUUGGAAAAGAGUUUGAUGCACUGCUUAUCAACACCAAAGCUUCAGAUAGUCCUUUCGACUUGUUUGCCUCUGAUAUGUUUGAGGAUAUUAUCCAGAAAUUCCUGUAUCUGGGUGACGACCGGAAUAUUGAGGAAGUCUAUGUGGCUGGCAAACUGGUGGUCCCAUUUUCGAGUUCAGUAUAAGAUUUCUGCAUAAUGUUCUGGUGGUAACUCUGUAACUUGGAAGGAUUGGUUGAAAAUGCGGUGCCUUGUGAUGCUGUUCUCACUUUGUCUAGUAUGUUUCUGAUUUGCACAAAUAUUGUUUACUUAAUCAGAUAAAAAUAAGUAUUGUGUCAAAAAGGUAUCCCACAUAUAUGAAGAGCCCCUUCCAUAUAUGCAUCCCCACAACUAGGGGUGUGCAUUUGGAUCUAACCCAGCAGAAAAUGUAUCCAAAAAAUACUGUAUACCUUUCAGCAUCCCAGAUAAAUCCAGGAUUUCUCAAGAAAACAAAAAAAAAUCCCC